AUGAAUUCCAGAUGUCAGCAUCAUUUAACGAAGUUUGUAGUAUUGCGCCCACUAAAAUCAAAAACUGCCUUAGAAGUAGCCAACCAGCUAAUGGACAUUUUCAGCCUUCUGGGAGCCCCAUCCAUUCUUCAAUGUGACAAUGGUAGGGAGUUUGCCAAUAGAAUUAUUGAAGAGUUAGCAAUUAUGUGGGAUGGUAUGAAAAUAAUACAUGGAAAACCUCGGCAUUCCCAAAGCCAGGGUUCAGUAGAACGUGCAAAUCAAGAUGUGCAAGAUAUGCUCACGACCUGGCUUAUCACUAACCAAACAACCAAAUGGUCGGAAGGUUUGAAAUAUGUCCAGCUUAUGAAAAAUAGAGCAUAUCAAAAAUCUCCCUAUGAAGCUAUGUUUGGAUCGAAGAUGAAAUUGGGUUUGAAAACAUCUAAUUUGCCUAAAGAUUCCAUUCAAGAGGUCGAAACAGAAGAGGAAUUGGAAACAUUGAUACAAGAAGUACACAUAGCGAGUUCUUUACAUAGCAGAGUCAGUGAUACUUUAGAUACAGAAGCUGAAGAUGAUAAAAUUAAAUAUGAGAAUAAUGAAAUUUUAGAGUUAGAUUGCAUAUUAAGCGACCACAAAAAAUUAAUCGAUGAUGCUCGAAAAAAAGCUACUGUGAUUGGUGACAACGUUCGGGUAUCAAUUCCUGACAUUGAUCGUGGCAAAACAGAUCCGAAAAACUUAAUAUGCAUUGUUUUAUCAAAAGAUAACAACAUAGAUUUGUACAAAUUAGGAGCUGAGGAGGGAGUUUUAAAACAAGCUUAUUCCAGAAAUGAGUUCGUUGUUUGCGAACAACAGUUUUUAUCAUGGGAAGAAAUUUCUCAAGAUGUUCAGAAAUCCCUUAGGGAAAUUGUCGGACAGCAGUCUCUUACUGGUGGACAAGGAUUUAAAAAAUGCACAUGCAAAGGAGGAUGCAAAUCAAGAAAAUGA